CCUUUGUGCUUAGAUUAGCGGCUCCCUCCCGCCCCCGUCUCCACCCCCACCUGGAAACCCCGAGCGGUGCACACUUGGCUGCGCGGGGCAGGGGGCUGGGCUCGGAGCCAUGCCCGGAGCGCGGCCGCCGCCCUGCCCAGGCCGCUAAGCGUGCGGUGCAUGGUCCAUGCCAGCGGCCGCAGGAGCCGCGCAGGGCGCAGGAGGCGCCCGCUUUGGGGAGGCAGCCGGCCGGCGCAGGCACGGAGGCGACAGCAGCAUCUCUCCUUCCCCGCCGAGGCUGCAGCGGCAGACGGACUGCUCUGCAAUGACUACAGCCAGAUACAGGCCUACCUGGGACUUGGUACUUGAUCCUUUGGUGUCCUGUAAACUCUGUCUUGGGGAAUAUCCUGUGGAACAGAUGACAACAAUAGCGCAAUGCCAGUGCAUCUUCUGUACUCUGUGCCUGAAACAGUAUGUGGAACUUUUGAUCAAAGAAGGUCUAGAAACAGCAAUUAGUUGCCCUGAUGCUUCCUGCCCAAAGCGAGGUCAUCUACAAGAAAAUGAGAUUGAGUGUAUGGUUGCAUCAGAAAUCAUGCAAAGGUACAAGAAGCUACAGUUUGAAAGAGAAGUGCUUUUGGAUCCAUGUCGGACCUGGUGUCCAUCUUCUGCCUGUCAGGCAGUUUGCCAACUACAAGAAUCAGGGCCACAAAAUCCGCAGCUGGUUCAAUGCAAAGCUUGUGACAUAGAGUUCUGCUCAUCUUGUAAAUCCAACUGGCAUCCAGGACAAGGCUGUCAAGAGAAUAUACCAAUCACCUUCCUCCCAGGAGAAACAAGUUCUAUGUAUAAAAUGGAAGAUGAUGAUGCUCCCAUCAAACGCUGUCCAAAGUGCAAAGUUUAUAUUGAGCGAGAUGAGGGUUGUGCCCAAAUGAUGUGUAAAAACUGCAAACAUGCCUUUUGCUGGUACUGUCUGGAAUCUCUUGAUGAUGAUUUCCUCCUUAUACAUUAUGACAAAGGACCUUGUCGAAACAAGUUAGGUCACUCCAGGGCAUCUGUUAUCUGGCACAGAACACAGGUGGUGGGAAUCUUUGCGGGAUUUGGUCUACUGCUGUUAGUGGCCUCGCCUUUCCUUUUACUUGCUACUCCAUUUGUCCUUUGUUGCAAGUGCAAAUGUAAUAAAGGAGAUGAUGACCCUCUACCUACCUAGAUCAUGAGAAGAUGGGACUCAUCGCGCACACAUUUUUUCCCCUCUUGCACUUACAUUGUUGUAGCCUUACUUCCCCCAUCCUGCUUUUCUGUGACAGUGCCAUGAUUCCAGGAACUGUUGUUAGUACAGUUACAUAGACCAACUACUAAUAGUCAGGUGAGGUAGUGGAAGGCAAGUCAGAUGUUUAGAGGAUGUUGUGGAACAAGAUAAGUGUCUGAAAUUAAGAGAUGAAGAUUCUCUAGAUAAAACUAACGGUUUCAUGUUGCCCACAGAGGCCAUAUUGGUGGACUAGGAACUGUGCUAUGUUACAUCAGCAAAACAACCUAAAAAUGAAUCAAAUCAAAUGUUUUCACAUAUACACUUGCAUCAAAAUGAGGUGUCUUAUUCAUAUUCCUAUUUGAGUCACCUAUCAUUUAAAUGUGGCUUUAAUAUAUCUGUUUAUUACAACUGUGUUUUUAUUAAUAUUGCAAUGGCAAAAACCUUUUUAGUACUUAUUUUUCCAAGGAUAAUGGAAAUCAUUAAGGUGCAUAUUGACCAUCAUAUGCCUUUCUUGAAUUUUGGGGAGGGUACAGCUGGAAUUGCUGCCUUCCAGGAAUUUUAGGAAGUCUUACAUGCUAUUUGUUCAAUCGAAAACUACAUUUUUAAAAAUAAAUAUAUGAAAGCUGUAAGGUUGAGUGAUGUCACAAACCUGCUACCUAAUCAAGAUUCUUUUAAAAAUGUAUGGUUGUUAUUGAUUACCACUGGAUCGCCAGUCUUUUUCUGAAUGGUUAAUUUUUGCUGUUAUUAAGGAGUCUGGUACACUUACAGGGAGGGCUACAUAACUUCUAAUCCAGGUAUCUCAAUCUUUUAUUUAUAUAUUAAAAAAAUCCUGAUUAAACCAAAUGUGUAAAUAUCUGUGCUAUUGAAUAUUUGGAAGUUCAAGAUAGCUUGCUGCUGUCUUAAAGGCAGGUAUUUGGGGGUGGGGGGGGGAAUUACAGGACUUAUUCUGCUUAUCAGCAGAUUCUCGGCUCAGCAAUGAUUCCUGUCUUUACCAUUUAUGAAAAGUACUCGACAUCCUUAUAGUUAGUAAUGAAAACGCCUGAGGUGUUUGUGAAAGUUCUGUCCACCAUUUACAAUAUAUACUCCAUUUUCCAGGGUUCAUAUCAUAUCGUACGUGCUGUUAAUAAUCAUACUGUGAGAAAACAAAACAAAGUUCUCUUUAAGGGUUAGUUUGUUUUGUUCCAACAUUCCUUUAUGUGGCAUCAUUUUUCUUUUCUUGUUCUUUUCUCUUUUUUAAUUUACAAUGUUGUAAGUUUUCCAGGGUAGUAAAAUGUCCAAAUCAACAUAUUGUUAAUACACAGAAAUUACUCUUCUGCAGUAUUUUGUGGAAAACUGUAAGAGACCCCUUUGUAAAUGCAGGCUUCAAAAACAGCAAAAUAAUUUGACAAAAAUUUAAUGUAAUGGCCCUGAUCAUGGAAUGCGGUACACAUGGGCAGAUCUGUGUCCAAGCGGAGCCCACUGUUCUGCAGAGCAUGCUAGUGAAAGUUAAACUCUGUUUGAGAACCUAAAGAUAUAAUGAAGUAGGAAAUGAUGCAAUCAUGUGUAUAUGUGGAAGUCAGUGGGGCUCCCACCUAAGACAUAGCAGGAUCAAGUCCACAAAACAUAACAGCAGUCUGACAUAGCAAAAAACUGUUUGUUUUGUUUUGUUUUAUGUUUAGUUUUAGUUUGCAUAUCGAUUAUUUGAACAGAAAUGUUGCAGGGUAAAAUUUUUAAAAGCUAAUUGACUUUCAGUGAAACUCCUAAGGGCAUAAGUCACUUUUGAAAAUGGGAAAUAGAUUCCUAAAUCACCUAGGUACUUUUGAAGAUUUUCUCCUCUGUCCAACUUCAAUAUUCUUCAUUUUAAAAAGUAUUCGUAUUUCAAACUGGCUAAAUGAGAAAUGCUUGCAGGAGAUCCAGAAAUAGUUUUUGUCUUAAGAUGUUCAACCUUUUUAAGAUCGCAAUCUGAUGAUAAGCCAAUGUUAGUUGUAUGUUAUGUCGUUAGCUUUGCAUUACAGUGUAUCAUUCAGAACUUUAAUGGUGAAAUCCUGAUAUUGACUUUUUUUUUCUUAGCUAUUCAGAAAUAACAUGGGGGGUUGGAUGGCUCACAAGAGCUUAUCAAUGGGAUAGGCAUACUUUAACUAGUCACCACUGGUCAGCCCUGGUUUCAGUGGCUAAUGAGGUUUCAGUCUCAGUCUAGCUCCUCCUAGAGGAUGUAUGUCCUUAUCUCAAAAGACUGACCACAUUAGAAAAGCAUCCUGAUUCAGGAUAGUACUUAACUCACAUUGCCCUGAAUCAUCAUUUUGAUGUAUAAGAUUAAUAGGUAUGUACCACUGGAUGAAUAACUAGUUUCUCCAGAUCUGAGGCAUGUUGUCAAGGUAGUGUGGGAAGACUUAAAUUCUUGCCCUUAUUCUCCAAUCCUGAACUGCACAGGACAGAUCCAGUUGCAGCAUCAGAGAACUAAUUGUUCAGUGGGCAAAACAGACCCCAGGUUUCCUGGGCUAUCAGUUCAGCAGUCCACUUAUGUGAGCACUAAGCAACACAAAUGGUUCUAGUUGGCAGUUCCAGCCGAGAAACUGGUUUAUAGGGGCCUAUCAAUAUAGUAUUGGAGGCAUAAAGAGUAACCUCUACUUUUUCUUUCUUAGAAGUAGUCUUUUCAGAUCAGGGAUGAAACAGGGCAGUGUUGGGAAUCUGUGAUGCCCUUGACAGAGAACUUCACUCCCAACAGUUGUCACUGACACCUUUGCAAAGCACUAAAUUUACUUCAAAAUCAAAGGGAAAAGUCCCACACUGCAUUAUAGAUGUAAACAUUUUUAAAAGGUUAGAUUUCAAUUGAUGAUCGCCAUUAACACAGACACAAAUGCCUGGUUUUAUCUGAUCAUAUCCAACAUAUAGGACUGUGUGUGAUCUCAGCAUGCUUGGGUUCACUAUCGUGGAUUUCCAAGCUGUCAGCUGAUACAUCUUCUUGAUGUUCGGGUAAUAAUGUGUGUAUAUUCACAAAGAAUAUGCUGUAAUCACUUUCAGUCAUGCUGAAUAUCAUAACCUUACAUCUUAUUUUUAAAUUUUACCACUACAGUUUUGUUUCCUAAAAGUGGGUGUCUUCAAUAAUCACUGAUUUACAAGCUCUGUUGAUGCUAUGGCAUUUACUACCCUGAAUGUAUUGUUUUAAACUCUGACAUUACUGCCCCAUAAUAGUGGGUUUAAAAAUGCUCAUACCUUUGUUGCAUUCCUAAGGAAAAUAUUUAUAACAGAUUUCAGACAAUCUGUUAUAAACCUUCAUCUGAAAAUUGAGAUUAACUGUAUGGUUUUGAUUGUGUUUCAUAUCUAUCCUACUGUUUACUUUAUUUGCAUUGCCUUAAAUGCUGUUUUUAAUGAAAUUUAACAGAGCACGUGUUUGCAUUUUCUAUUGGGAAGGAUGAAUUUCUAGUGAUUAGAUCCAAAUACAGAGUGGAGUCAGAACUCCAGGUGGUUGUUUUUUUCCCUCCAGUUCUACCGCUGACUUGGGAAUCAGGUCUGUUCCUACUGAAAAGAGUAGCAAAGCGCUCCCAUUGACUUCAGUGGGUACAGGAUUGGGCCCUCACAGUGUUCUUGUACAAGUCACUGAUCCUUCCUUUGUCUCAGUUUAUCCAUCUGUAAAAUAGGUGGAACAAUGGUCACCUACCUCACAGGGUUGUUGUGGGGCUUAAUUAUUUUUAAAAAUUUUUGAGAUCCUCUGACGGAGGACAUUAUAUAAGUACUUAGCAGUGUUAUUUUAUGUUAAUAUUUCAGUUGUUUCUAACUACCUUCAGCGUGGAUCCUCAUAUUGUAUCAUGCACAGUUCUGUUUUUUUCAGGCAUCAUAAUCUUUCCUGGAAUAUUUAUCUUAAAAUCAUGAUGGAUCACAAAGAAGAACUGAAUGGCCUAGUUCGUAGCAUAGAAUUGAUGACCUGACAUGCAGAAAAUAUUUAAAAUUAAGAUUCCUAAAAUAUUCUGUCUGAUGAGGAAGGGCGAGGGGAACAAUACUGCUAGAUCAGAAGAGUAUUCAAUCACUUUGUGAUUUUAAAAUUUUGUGGGUAGGAAAGAAAAAGUGGGGUUUUAUGUAUUUUCUAGGUUCUCCCUUUCCUAUUAAGGAUAUAUAUGUACUUAAUAAAAAACAUUCUUCAUCCUGAUAAUGCACAGUAUGCAUAAAGCUUCAUGCUAGUUUGCUUUUUGAAACCAAACUCCAUAUGUUCUCUCGCUAUGUAUAUACAGUGUGUAUACAUAUAUUCUAAAAUACAAAGUAUAUAUAUAUUCUAAAAUCUUACAAAGAUGGACAGAACAUGGAAGUUGUCACACAGAGUGACAUAAAAGAUAUCAAGAAAAGCCUGCAUCAGUGCUUCUUUGCUAAGUAAAGCAUGCUGUUUUGUUUAAAGCCCUGUGAUCUUCAUAAUUGCUUUGAUUUGUGUAUCUCUCUUACAGAAUUCCAGAAACAUUAGGUACAGGAAUGUGCUACAUAACUGAACCUUUCUUGCUCAUUUUACCGUGGAUGUAUUUUAAUCUUGUAUAGAGAUACGCAUGAAGGAGUCAUGCAUAUGUAUAAAUGAUGAUGUAUUUGACCAGUGUAAAAAUAAGUUCUGUUUAUGUAUUUGAAAUGUAAGUACUUUUUUGUGCCACUAACACUGUGAUGUAUAAAAGAGCUGUUGAAUGCCUUUUAAUGUUGUGUUUUGUACUUUGAAUCAUUCUGAAAGUUUAAUUUGUAAUUUCAAUAGAUAUUUUAAAAGAA